AUGGAGAAAAUUAACAGCUUUCUGUUAUUCAUAUCCCUCUAUGUAUUAUUGUGGGGUGUGGCCGGUCAGUAUGAAUGGCAAGUACGAGAUGCUUUUGAUGAAAUUCGCGAAAAGAUCGACAAAGUUAACGCUGAUAAUUGCUACAUAACCCAUUUUGAUGAUCUUUACCUUCCCGAAAACUCUGUGUCACACUAUCCUGAUGUGAAGGAAAUAAACAUAAAUCCCAUCUUUCCGAAUCGAACGGCUAUGUUGCAUUUGCACAACAUGGCUAUGAACAGAGCUUUUUUCUGGAGUUAUAUUCUUCAGUCAAGGUUUAUAAGACCAGCUAUAAAUGAUACAUAUGAUCCGGGUAUGAUGUACUAUUUUCUGUCUUCAGUAGCUGACAUUGCCGCAAACCCUUAUAUAAACGCAAGUUCUAUUUAUUUCUCGCCCAAUACAUCGUACACGUCUUCAUACCGAGGGUUCUUUAACAAGACCCUGCCAAGAUUUGCACCUAGAGCAAUUAGGGCUGAUGAUUUUAAUGAUCCUGUGCAUUUACAAAAGAUCUCUACUUUAAACACAUUCCAUGUACUAGAUCUUGGAGCAUUUGACUCUGAGAGUUUAUCACAGGAUUAUACUUCAGACUAUUAUCGUACAAAUGAAUGGUAUUUCAAAUGGUUGCCUGAUAGAGUUGAAAAACGACAUGACACAAAGACUACAUAUCAAGUUGAAAUCAGGUAUUCAAAUAACACCAAUGAGACAUUUACGUUUCAUGGACCACCUGGAAAUGAUGAGAUUCAAGGCCCAGUAAAUUGGACUCGUCCUUACUUUGAUUGUGGAAGAUUAAACAAAUGGCUUGUGGGAGCAGUUUCUCCUGUAGCAGAUAUUUACCCUCGUCACACACAAUUUAGACAUAUUGAAUUUCCAACGUAUACUGCUGCCGUUGUUAUGGAAAUGGACUUUGAUAGAAUAGAUAUAAAUCAAUGCAAUGUGAGUUUGGGGAAUGACAGGCCGAAUCGAUUUGCUGGCACUGCUAGGUGUAAAAUGGAAACAACAGAGUGUGAACCACUACAUGGCUGGGGUUUUCGACGUGGUGGAUAUCAGUGUCGGUGUCGGCCCGGUUACAGACUACCCAGCAUAGUGCGUCGACCGUAUUUGGGCGAGAUCAUUGAGAGAGCUACCUCUGAUCAAUAUUACAAUAAUUUUGAUUGUAAAGAAAUUGGAUGGGUACAAAAAUUGCCCGUGCGUUGGGAAAAGGCGCAUCCGUUCAUACGUGCGUUGUACGCGGACCAUUACUACGAGUACGUGAAUGCAAGUAGCGGGCCGGACGCUUUGCACACCGAACGCGUCAAUGUGUUCGAGGUGCUCAACUUCAUCCGGGGAGUGCAGCCUCACAACUGCUCCAAGUACAAACCAACAGACUUGUUCCUCAAUGGCGAUAUAGCAUAUGGUGCAGAGGCGCAGUUUGAAAACCAAGCGAAGAUGGCCGUCCGACUCGCAAACUUCAUUAGCGCGUUCUUACAGGUAUCGGAUCCAUAUGAAAUCUUCAGUGGUACCAGGGUUGCUGACAAACCCCUCACUGAAGAUCAGAUGAUUGGAGAAACGCUUGCGAUCAUACUCGGUGACUCCAAGAUUUGGUCUGCAGGUACAUUCUGGGACAGAAACAAGUUCACAAAUCGUACUUACUUUGCGCCGUAUGCCUAUAAAACCGAGUUAAAUACAAGGAAGUACAAAUUGGAGGAUCUGGCAAGAUUAAAUAAGACUGAGGAGGUAUACACGAACAAGCCGUUGUUCCAAUUCUUGAAACAGCGCUGGUCCACCAACUUCGACGGCCUUGAGAAAUUCUUCCUCAAGAUGAAGCUACGUGACGAUGAAUUGGGCAAGCAUCUACGCCAAUACGAGAAGUAUCCGACAUUCUACCGAGCGGCCAACAUAAAGGACGGCCACUGGACUAGGCCGUAUUACGAUUGCGAUGGACAUGUGAAGCAGUGGGCCAUCACAUACGCGUCACCGUUCUUUGGAUGGGACAGUGUUAAAGAAAAGUUGGAGUUCAAGGGUGUGGUAGCAGUUACGAUGUCUCUAAUGGCCCUGGACAUCAACCAGUGUCCCGACAAGUACUAUGUGCCUAAUGCGUUUAAAGGGACCGAUAAGUGCGACAGAGGUUCCUCUUACUGUGUACCUAUCCUGGGUCGAGGAUUCGAAGCUGGUGGGUACAAAUGUGAAUGCCUCCAAGGAUACGAGUACCCAUUUGAGGACCUCACAACUUACUACGACGGACAGAUUGUCGAGGCGGAGUUUCAAAACAUUAUAAACAACAAGGAAACACGCAUAGACAUGUUCAAAUGUAGACUGGCCGGGGCUGCAGCUAUACAAAGCAGUUUCAUAAUAAUUGCAGCUGUCGUGUUUCUACUUUUCAAACUGAGAUAA